AUGGCUGAUCAGGAGCACGACGACGCUGUCCACCAGAUCGACGUCCAAAAUAAGAGGCUGCUUCACGCGGCACGGACGGACGACCUGGAGCUUCUGCAAGACAUCAUCCAGUCUGGAGCAUUCGAUGCCAAUCACAGCGACGGCGUGGGUCGCAAUGCGCUGCACUACGCUGCGCUGUCGCAGUCGACCCAGGUGCUGCCCGAGAUCCUCAACCUCGAGAUCGACGUCGACCUGCAGGACCGCACCAACGCCGACACGCCGCUGCACGCCGCCGUCAACGUAGACAUCCCCGAUGGCGAGGCGGGCGCUGAGAUAGAGGAAAUCAGAAACUGGAUCGUCAACGAGCUGUUGGAGGCGGGAGCGGAUCCUACCAUCCCGAACAAGGAUGGCGAUCUGCCCGCGGAUCUGCUGGCGUACGGCACCAAGGCACGAUCGCAGCUCGGACAGGAUCUCGUGGCGCGCCUCAAACGCGGCCAGGCGGAAAUGAACAUCAGCUCGGCCGACAUUGCCAACGACGACGACGUUGCAGAGGACGAUGAAGGAAGCGAAGGAACACCUUCGGAAGAGUAA